UUAUAAGAGUACAAUAUUAUGCCAAAAUAAAUCAUGUAAUCGGCGUGAUAAAAUAUUGUUUUGUAUUAUCGUAAUAUUUCAACAAUACCAAUAACAGCGGAACACAACAACAACAAACAAUGAUAAUAUGUGUUAUUACUUUUACCGGCUUUACAUCAUAUUUCAUAAUAUUACUGUUAUGAAUAAUGUACUGAAUUUCUGAUCACAAUACUCGUAUUGUAUACCUUUGUGGUAACGAAAAUGUAAUAUUAUAAUCGCAAAUACACGUGACAAUCAUCACACAAAACUAUAAUACCAAAAUGAAUAUAAUAUCAGACAACUCGUUUCGUAUCUAUCGCCGCCGUCGGCGCGUUCUAGUCGUCGGCGUCGCUCCGAACGCCGCGCAGUCGCCUUCCGCCCCAAUCGUCCUAACGGCCCGUCAAUCAAUACUCGCCGCACUACGACGCGUACGCCGCCCGCUAAACGUCGCGACGCUCGAAGGAAACAUUCUCUGCGCAUUAUUUUGCACAUCGUUUUGCAUUCGUCGUCGCGGGUUUGUGCUCGAGCCACUGGAGAGAAGCGCCGAGUGAGACGCAAAAAUCAACGAUACGACGGUGCGACCGCCGCCGUAAUGGGUUCGUACUUGAACAAACCGAAAACCGACAAGGAAUCGGAGGACGUGGAAAACGACCAGCUCAUGUGUGGCGUCAGUUCGAUGCAGGGCUGGCGCGAGAAACAAGAGGAUGCCCACGUCUGUUUGGUGGACUUUGAUGAUGACAUGUCACUUUUCGGGGUCUUUGAUGGACACGGUGGUGCUGAAGUGGCUCAGUAUGCCGUUGAGACGUUGCCAUCACUGAUCAAAAACGAACUGUUCGAAAAAGGAGAUUACGAAAAAGCAUUAGUCAAGGCUUACAUGGAUUUCGACGACAGUCUAAUUGAUCCGCCUGUAUUGAAAAGGCUGAGAACUCUUCGAUUGAAAAACGGCAAAACAGAAGAAAGCGGGGAGAAAAUGGUAACAUGGAUUCUAAAUUUUUUUGAUAAUGGCGAUGUAGAUGAAAAAAAACUUGUUGAAACGGAAUUGGCUGGAAAAGACAGUGGUUGUACAGCAGUUGUAGCUUUAUUAGUAAAAAAUAAGCUUUAUGUGGCUAAUGCUGGGGACUCGAGAUGUGUGGUGUCUAUUGAUGGAAAAGCUCAUGCGAUGUCUAAAGAUCAUAAACCUAAGGAUAAAUCUGAAUUAAAAAGGAUUCUUGCUGCCGGUGGAAGAGUUUCAAGUGACGGACGAAUCAACCAUGGUCUUAAUAUGUCCCGAGCUUUAGGUGAUCACAUGUACAAGACAAAUAGUUUAUUUUCAAAUACCAAGCAAAUGAUUACUGCUCUACCUGAUGUACAAACCAUUGACUUGAAACCAGAAAAUGGUGAUUUCAUAGUUUUAGCAUGCGAUGGUAUUUGGAACUCUUUGUGCAGUCAAAAAGCAGUUGAUUUUAUAUCAAAUCGUAUCCACUGUCCAGAUAUCAAAUUAUCAUCAAUUUGCGAAGAAUUAUUUGAAGUAUGUUUGGCUCCCGAUACACCAAAUGCUGGAGUUGGCUGUGAUAACAUGACUUGUAUCAUUGUGAAAUUCAAACAUCACCAGAAACGUUCACUCGUAGAUGGUACAGAAGAUGAAUCUGAUCUCGCUACCGAAUGUAAGAAGCCUAAAUUGGAUGUGAUAGCACCUGAAACUGUAGAAUAAUAUUGCAUCUCACCUUUGACUUUUAUGUGUUACAAACAUAGGUGAAAAAUUAAAAUACUUUUUUUUUCAUGAUUUGUUAUAAUAUUAAUGUAGACAAAUUAUAUUGUAUUUUUAAUUAAAAUAAUAUUACAUUUA